UAGUUAUUACACAAUCAAAAUAACACAAGAUGCGCAGAGAUGUGUGAUUAUCGUAGCAUAAGCUGUAUACUGUAGUCUGUAUACUGUAUGUACAGGUAGAAUUGCCUGCACAUUUUGUUUAUUGAAUAUUGAUUAGCGCUCGCUUUUAGAUGAGCUUUUAAUAAAAAAGCUCAUGAUGCCGAAAAACAUGGCGCAGCUUUUCUUCCUAUCUGUUAUUGCAGCGUCGUUGGUUUUUUAUCCUUUUGCACACAGUUACAAAGAAGGCUGUGAAAACCGGUUCUUCCAUUGCACUGGCCACGAUUAUUUUGGAAACACUUCAUUAGCCGAAGUAUUAGCUGCUCCAUGGCCGAUGACGGACGAAUACAUUAACACGCAUCGUCCAUUAGCCGAAACGUUCUGCCGGGGAAUCAACGAAUCGGCACACUGCUUUCGUGGCUUGAAUCAAGAUUGUCCGGGUAUUUUUGAACACCUUCAGCUCAAUAAGGUGGGAAAAGGAUGGUUCCAUGCCGAGUUUCUCAGUGCAGCGGCUAAACUCUGUCAGCUGCCGCGUGGCUCUCUUCCGUUUACCCGCGCUAUGGUGGACUGCAGCAAGAAAAGUUCGGGGUUUGGACAGAGAGUUUUGAACUUUGAUUGGAACCAUUACGAAGACAUCUCUCCUAAUGCUACCGCUGCACAGCAUAAUUUGUGCGAGGUUUCUCAGUUGUUUAUGGAGCGCUUGAAUGGCACGGCGGCACGGACAGCGUUAGUGGAGAAAUGUGGAGAGACAUCAGUCGAUGUACUUGUGGACGCGAUGAAAGAUAUGCGCACUCUGCACUGCUUCAGUUAAAUCCGGCGCAUCAUCUUUAUGUUGCUUUCAUAUCACAUGCCAGAUGAUGCCACCGAAUGCCACCCACAAGUUUCUAAUCACCCUCAUUCGAAAAAUUUUCAAAAGUUGUUUAAAGCGUUUGGCAUACGCUAUUAUACGGCGGUUGGUCGUACACCGGUAUGCUUAAUCAUACUAAUGGCUUGAAUCCUUAAGUCGUUUUGUAAGCGUUUACUUGGCUUAUAACUGGAAACCAAAAAUAUGAUUAUCCUUUUAAUUUUUAAUGAUUCAAGGAACUGCUGUUCAUUAAUGAGAUAUUGGGAAUAAAAUCACUAGAAUAUCAUCA